AUGGGAGUUUGUACAUCUAGAUAAAAGAGAACUUUAAGAUAAAUUGGAAAAGCUGAGGUUUAAUUAGUCUUAGAAAAUCUUUCAAAGGAAUCUUAAAUCAAUGAUUUCUAUAAGAUUUUAAAUGGUCAAACUUAAACAGUGUUUGAAAAUUUGUUAAAUAACAAAAAUAUCAAUCGUAAUAUAAGUUAAACUGAGUACGAUUUCUAUUCAAAAUAAACAGAAGAGUUGAGUCUCUUGAAUACUUAUCUUUAAAAUUAUUACAACAACUAUUAUAGGAUUGUAAUCUCCAACAUAAAAAGUGAAAAUUUUUAUUACUUUGAAAAUUUAAAUCUAAAGUUUGUAAUCUAACUCUAUUUGGCUAUGAAAACAAUUAAAAAUAAUGGAAAAGAGUGGUGGAAUUAAUAGACUUUUCACACUCUAGAAAAACUCAUUACAAAUAGAUUCGAUAUCUAUCCAAAAGUUGUUUAAGAGGGAAGAAUAACACCAUUCUUAAAUUUUAUACUACUUUUAAUAAAAUUAAGCAUUAAACUUAUGAAAUUAGAGGGAAUGACUCUUUAAGAAAAAGAAAUUGAAUUCAUAUACGAUACUAAGGGAUCAAUGCUCUACAAUUAAAUUAAACUUGAACUUUUAAAUUGA